UCGACAACAUUUACUUUUGGGGAGAGCAAGGACGCGAUUCGCGACAACUUGCAGCCAGUUCAGCAGGAUCACGUUGGGAAGGAGAACAUGCAAAACCCACCGGAAGCCGUGCCGAUCAAUUCCUACGGCUACGAGCCACCGAAGACCAACAAUGGGGCGCGAUUUAGCUCGAAUCCGCCACCUCGGGACUAUGUUCUCUGGUCCCUGUUCAACUUAUUCUACAUGAACGCGUGUUGCCUUGGAUUUGGGGCUCUUUACUUCUCAAUACAGGCCAGAGACCGAAAAGUGGUCGGCGACGUCGAAGGGGCGCAAGGAUACGGACUCAAGGCGCGCCGCCUCAACAUCGCGGCGCUCUGCCUCUCCCUGCUGGCCUUCCUCAUCAUCAUCAUCAUUCUUGCUUCGAGCGCUCACGUCGCAAAAGAAGCCUUCGCGAAUUUGAUGCAGGAUGGGGAUUAGCGGAGGCAAUUUGGUGAUAAGAAGCUUCGUUACUUAAUGACCUCUUUCCUCUGCAUUCUGAUGCAUUAUAGCCCUGCUACCAAUUUCUAUUUUCAUAUGCACUCGUCUUGGUGCCAUUAAAAAAAUUAUAAAAUUAAAAAUAAUCAUAAUAAUGAUUAAAAAACAACAACUUUUGGUUAAUAUUCUUUGCUAUUAUUAAGAAAUGCACAUUUUCAUAUAAUGUUACUUUUUAACCUGUUUAAACGUGUAUACAAAGCUUCUUUGACAUUAAAGUGUUGUAGAAAAAGGUUGACUACUGCCCUGAUCUGUUCAUGUGUUUGUAAAGCUGAUGGUAAAUGGCUUAUGUUCUCAGCACAAUGCGCUGUUACACCAGCCAAUAUUCCUCAAGUCGCUUCUAUCACAUUUCUUCCCUAUUUUGAGGUUUGGUCUGAACAACAACGGAAACUCUUGACUAUGCCUGCAUGCUUUUUUUGCAUUUUUGGCUGAUAUUUUGUGGGGCACAGAUCUACCUAAUAAAGUGGUCCAUGAGCUCUCCAAACCA